AAUUCAAAUCCAACCGGAUCAGAUCAAUUCCUCCACCUCCUUCCCCGUCCCCGUUUCUCUCUGCCCCAUGGCCCACCUGCCAGCCCCGCCACGGGACGGCGCGCACGUCCCCGGCGCGCCGCCGCCGUGUAGGUGAAGCGCCUCUUCUUCUUCUUCCUCCUCCACCACCGCCGCCCCCGCCUCGCCACCGCUGCCGGAGAUGGACCCCGCGCCCGAUCCGCUCGCCAUCUCCGCCUCCGCGCCGUUCCCCACCAUCCCGGCCGCCGCCUCGAGCCCCAGGCCCCGCGCCGCGAGGCCGCGGCGCCACGCCGCCGCCUCCGCGACGAUCAGGCGCCCCGGGAUCGAUCUCUCGCGCCGCCCCGGGGCGGCCGCCUCCGCCCAGCAGGAGGGGUCGCCGUCCGUGGGCUCCUGGGGCGCUUCUCGCGACGCCAACUUCGUGUUCGGGGGUGGCGGGGCCGGGGCGCCGGAGCUGAGGAGGACCUUCUCGUCCGGAUCCGGUGAGGCCUCGUUGACUGAGCUCCGGUCUGCAGUUGACAAGCUCGUAUUGGAUGGUGGUUCCGGCAGGCGAAGCGACGUUGAUGCUCCCGGAGGAGAUGAUCCGGUUCCAGUGAUGAACGCCAGUGAUCCCUCUGGGAUCCAUGGAAGCAAUUCCAGUUUGCAUGAGGGUUUGUUUCCGGACUCUCUUCACGAUCAGACCGAGAAACUUGAUGAAGGGAGAGGAGCCCCAUCUCAAUCUAUACAAUGUGAGAAUGCGGAGACAAGAUCAUUAGCUUCGCAAACCUCCACCAACCAUAAUGCUCCUAUGGAACUUGCUAGGAGUGGGGACGGCUUGCCCAUCCGAAAUUCUGUGGAUGAAGGUAGUUUGCCAAAGGAUGGAAGUAACAUUUCUGCACAUGGUGGUAAUGUUCAACAGAAUGUCUUUGUUUUUGGUGGACAUGCUGGGUACCGGGAUUUCACUGCUAAUGCAACUCAAACUAGUAUCAGUAAGGAAGAUUCAAGUGAUAAAGACGGUGCAAUAUAUAACUCUGAACAACUUAAUGCUUCAGUUGCUAAAGAUAGAACUUGCACAAAGUUCAUUUUGCAGGAUGCAAAGGAUGCAUUUGGUUCUACUAAUAAGAAUCCUCUACACUCAGAACCUUGUGAAAUUUCUCCUACAGUAAAGUUUGGUUCUAGCUUUGGAUCUGAAGAUGGCAGUGCGAAGGUUUCUUUUGUAAAGGUGCCUUACGAUAUCAAAGCAGUAGAAGCCUCAGAACUUACUGAAUGCAGGCCAUUCGAUGAGAAAUCUUUCACUGUUCAAGACCACAAUGUAGCAUCUAGGAACAAAGGAGUUAAGGGUAUGAUCACAAAUAGAAGAACUGUAAUGCCAAAGAAAUUCUCCUCAGCUCACCAGGUUUCUUCCUUCGAAUCAGUAUCUAGAAGAAAUGACCAUUGCUCUGAAAAGGUGUCCUCUGAAACAAAGGUCAAUUUGAAAGAUGCAUUAUUGGACUCUGGUAUCAAUUGCGUCCAAGGCAAUUCUUACAGCUCUGCUUUGCAAAUAACAGAAAGUAGUCGUGAUGGAACUGAGUUUACUUCUGCAGCAAACACGGAACAUUCUGGUCAAUCUGAUUUCAUAUUUUCUGCAUCAACUUUUAAUCAAAGUACAUUGCACCUACAAAGACGACACAACAAGAAAAAAGGUGGAGGAAUGUGUAAUCAUGCUAACUCUACUCAAAGCCUUCCUUCAUCUGCCAUUGGACUUGCACGCUCAGAAGUUUCAGCUACUCAGCAAUGUGGGGAUUCAGCUGCUCAGUGGACUGAAUACAUCAAAAUGGAACCUAACAGGGUAACCAUAAGCGGGGGAGCGGAAUGCACAAAAACAGAAAACUUUGAACACCAUGAAGAUUGUGAAACAUGGCGUUUAAGGGGGAAUCAAGCAUAUGCGGAAGGACAGUUAACUAAGGCUGAGGAAUGCUAUACCCAUGGGAUUGAUUCUUUUUCUCCAAAUGAAGCUUCUAGAAAAGCAUUAAUGCUGUGCUACAGCAAUCGUGCAGCUACUCGGAUGUCUCUGGGUAAGAUGAGAGAGGCCCUAUCUGAUUGUCGAGAAGCUAUUGGUAUCGAUUCCAGCUUUCUCAAGGCACAAGUCAGAGCUGCCAACUGCCUACUUGCCCUGGGGGAUGUGGAAGAAGCACAAAAGGCUUUUGAGAUGUGUUUGAAGUCUAGUCAUCUAUCAAGCUUGGACCAUAAAAUUUUAGAAGAGGCUUCGGACGGUCUACAAAAAGCUCAGAAAAUAUCUGGUUUUAUUCAUCAGUCCAAGGAGUACCUUAUGAAGAAGGCAUUUGACAAGAUACCUAGUGCCUUACAAAUGAUCUCUGAUGCUUUAUCCAUAAGUAUUUAUUCAGAUAACUUGAUGGCGAUGAAAGCAGAAGCACUGUUACUGUUGCAGCGAUAUGAAGAAGUAAUCCAGUUUUGCGAAGAAACUCUUUAUGUAGCAGAAAACAAUAGCCUGUGUUUGUGUCCUGAGAAGCAUUCAGAAAGCAAUAGCUUGGACAAUAAUACUUGCUUUGUGAAGUUGUGGCGCUAUCAUCUUAUUGCUAAGUCGUAUUUCUUCCUUGGAAAGCUUGAAGAGGCUCACCUGUUCUUAAAAAAGUAUGACCAAAUAAAAGUCAUGGAAUGCAGGUGUGGGAAGCAAUCUCAGGAAUCUAUUUCAUCAUUCUCCAUGGCAAUAUCUGAACUACUGCAGCUUAAAGCUGCUGGGAAUGAAGCAUUUCAAUCUGGUAAAUAUUUGGAGGCUGUGGAACAUUACACUGCUGCUUUGCUGAGCAAUAGCGAGUCACUACGCUUUUUAGCAGUCUGCUUUUGUAACCGUGCAGCGGCGUAUCAAGCAAUGGGUCAAAUUUUAGAUGCAAUUGCAGAUUGCUCACUAGCCAUAGCCCUUGAUGCAGAUUAUGCUAAGGCUAUUUCCAGAAGAUCUAGUUUGUACGAACUCAUAAGGGACUAUGAGCAGGCAGAAAAUGAUCUUCGUAGGUUAAUUACUCUUCUUGAGAAACAACUGCAAGAAAAUAUGUCCAUGCCAUCAGAGAAGGUAGAGAGUAUCCGUAGCAAUCUGAAUCGAGCCAAUCUUCGGUUUUCUUCUCUGGAACGGGAUGCCAGAAAGGGGGCCCCAUUAAAUGUGUAUAUGAUAUUAGGAAUCGAACCUUCUUCCUCUACCGUGGAUAUAAAGAAGGCAUACCGCAAAGCAGCACUAAGGCAUCAUCCAGACAAAGCCGGUAAAUUUCUUGUGAGAAGUGAAAAUAUCAGUGAUGCAAUAUGGAGAGAAAUCACAAAUGAAAUCCGCAGAGAUGCUGAUUAUUUAUUCAAAAUAAUUGGAAAGGCAUAUUCUAUGCUUUCAGACCCUACAAUGAGGAGGGAGUGAUGGAGCCUGGGAAGUGGAGUGAUAGUGCAAGCAGUGCAUAUAUGACUGGAAUAGCCAGAGUAAUGAAAAAAUGAUGAUAGGACCUCUUAGUGAGAGCAUUGGAUCAUCAGGUGGCACGGCAAAGGUCGUAUCAUACUGGAGAUGCCCUACAUGAACUUUUGUGCGCUCUCACAAAGGACAGGAUGCCACUGGCCUUGUUCAUGCCUCAUCAUUAAUGUCAGUUCUGGUGUGUCUCAGGAUUGCACUUUGCAGACCGUAUCAGUACCAUUACCCCUAUGAAGUUCUUGGUGUUAAUGCCUCACCAGUCAUCACUGAUGUCAGUUUUGGUGUUCAUUGGGUUCUGGUGUGGAGAGCGCAGAGUACAUGAGGCAAGCUUUUGUUUGUAAAGGUGUUGUUCAUAUAUCUGAUGUUGUGCAUAGUGUCUUGGAGCAGUUUGGUUUUUGGAAUGGAAUCAACAAGACUGGAAUACUGUAAAUAGAGGCAUACGUUUUCUGUACCCUGCCCCCGUAGUGUGGCGGAAGCAUGCGGAGGGUGACAGAAGCAAAUGGUUUUUCUAAAUGUUGUUUGUAGUUUACAGUUUUGUAUAGGAAAAGGCAGGAUUUGUGUAUCCCUUUUCUUUUGGUCUUCCAUACAAUUUUUCUGUAUGUUUUUUUUGGGGUCGUGGCUGUUGUUCUGAACCGAAGGUUAAUUGAUUCUUUUGUUGUAACAAGAAUAAGAUGGCAUGAGUGAGUAGUGUGAUUGGCCGUUGUUGACUCGGUGAUUUGCUAUGCUACUGUUUUGUACCUGGAGUUCCAAGUUCAUGUA